UGCGCCAACUGUCGCCCGGGCCGCGAGAGCGGCGGUUGGAGGCGGGGCGCACGCGCAGAAGGGGCAACGUCUCUGGCCGCGGCUGGCGAGCGAGAGCGCCUGGGUCUCUCUUUCUGUCUAUACGGACGUCUCUAUAUAUAUGGGGGAGAGAAGAUGGCUCCCUUCCCUGAGGAGGUGGAUGUUUUCACGGCCCCGCACUGGCGGAUGAAGCAACUCGUCGGGCUUUACUGUGACAAGCUUUCUAAGACCAACUUCUCCAACAACAAUGACUUCCGGGCUCUCCUCCAAUCCCUAUAUGCUACUUUUAAGGAAUUCAAAAUGCAUGAACAAAUUGAAAAUGAAUACAUAAUUGGAUUACUUCAGCAACGCAGCCGGACUGUGUAUAAUGUACACUCAGACAACAAACUCUCAGAAAUGCUUAGCCUCUUUGAGAAAGGGUUGAAAAAUGUGAAGAAUGAAUAUGAACAACUAAACUAUGCGAAACAGCUAAAGGAGAGGCUUGAAGCUUUUACCAGGGAUUUCCUUCCUCAUAUGAAAGAAGAGGAGGAGGUUUUCCAGCCAAUGUUGAUGGAAUAUUUUACUUAUGAGGAAUUGAAGGACAUAAAAAAAAAAGUAAUCGCACAACACUGCUCCCAGAAGGAAGCUGCAGCAGAAAUACGUAGAGGUAUUAGUCUCUGGAAUCAAGCUGAGGAACUGCAGAAAGCUUUUAAAUAUUCUGUGGAUGAAAAAGCAGAUCAAGGUGAAGAAACUGAAGAAACAGGGCAAACCACCAAUAUUGUUGAUCUUCCUUCUGAGGUUGUGCUGACUAUUUUUAGUUACCUUAGCCCUCAGGAGUUGUGUCGAUGCAGUCAAGUAAAUAGCAAAUGGUCUCAGUUGGCUAAAACUGGAUCUCUUUGGAAACAUCUUUACCCUGUGCACUGGGCCAGAGGAGACUGGUCCAGUGGCCCACCAGGUGAUCUUGAUACAGAUCCUGAUGAAGAAUGGGUAAAAAACAGAAAAGAUGAAAGCCGUGCUUUUCAGGAAUGGGAUGAAGAUGCUGAUAUAGACGAGUCUGAAGAAAAUGCAGAAGAAUCCUUGGCUAUCAGCAUUAUUCAAAAAGAAAAGGACUUUCUUCAGGGCUUAAUUCAUAACGUUCUCCCACGUGUAGGCACCUCAGUGAAAACAAUUGUGCUGGCAUACAGCUCUGCCAUAUCUAACAAAAUGGUCAGACAGAUCUUAGAACUCUGUCCUAACUUGGAACAUCUUGAUCUCACUCAAACUGAUAUUUCUGAUUCUGCAUUUGAAAGUUGGUCUUGGGUUGGUUGCUGCCAGAAUCUCCGGCAUCUUGAUCUCUCUGGAUGUGAGAGAAUCACAGAUGUGGCUGUAAAAAAGAUUUCCAGGGCCUUGGGAAUUUUGUCACCCAAUGAAGCAGGAUCUCCGAAAAGUUGUCAAAACAGGAAUGGAAAAACUGUGUGGAAAAGCAAAGACAUUGCCAUGCAGGCCAGCAAAAAGAACUGUAGUUUGCAUGAUAUUGCAAAUGAAAAUUUGAUUAAAGGAGAAGGAAAUGAAAGCCAUUGGAUUGCACCUGUCAGAUCAGAGAGCUUUAACUCUGCCUAUAUCUGGAUGUUAGAUGCAGAAGAUCUGGCAGAUAUUGAAGAUGCUGCUGAGUGGAAACACAGAAAUAUUGAAGGAGUUUGUGUGAUAGAACCUUCAUCAAAUUGUUGUUCUGCAUCAUGCAGCAGCAAAGACAUUUUUGGACUAAGGACUAGUAUUUGCUGGCAGCAGCACUGUGCUCCUACUGCCUUGACCUACUGCGGUCACUCUUUCUGUUGUGCUGGGACAGCUUUAAGAACUAUUCAGGCACUCCCAGGAUCCUCUGCACUAUCUAAACAUGCACCAAGGACUAGUAAACAGUCAGAGGAGAAAGACUUUGCAUACUUCAGGAGUGCAAAAUCAGACCAUGAGACAGCGCGAGUUCUUCAGUUCCUCAGUCUGUCAGGAUGUUACCAGAUAACAGACCACGGUCUCAGGAUGCUGACUCUGGGAGGUGGGCUCCCUCAUCUAGAACACCUCAAUCUCUCCGGUUGUCUGACUGUAACCGGUGCAGGCCUGCAGGAUUUGGUGUCUGUAUGCCCUUCUCUGAAUCAUGAACACUUUUACUACUGUGAUAACAUUAACGGUCCUCACGCCGAAACCGCCAGUGGAUGCCAGAACUUGCAGUGUGGUUUCAGAGCCUGCUGCCGCUCUGGUGAAUGACCUGACUACUUUCCUUUUCAGUCUACUUUAUUAGCUCAGCAGGCUUCCUUUCAUGCACUUUACUUACAGUCCGCAUCUUGUGUUAACAGUUCCCUUCUGAAGUGCAAAUUGUAGGUCCUUUCUGCCCCAUAAUUCAGAAUCUUAUAAGCAAACUAUGUAGUGUCACACCAUUCUCACAAUGUUUCACUCUGAUUUCAGAAGGUGAGAG